AUUUCCCUCAGAAGCUAAAACCUCUCUUCUUCUCCGAUAUUAGUUCACUCGUUGCCGAAUUAGAAUCCCACUAGUUUGCUUCUCAUGACCCUUCUGAAUUAUCUACACUGUAAUCGCUCAAAAUCGUCACUUUUUCAAAGAUUUUACUCUCCUUAUAGAAUUGCUCACAAGCUGUUCGAUGGAAGUUCCCAGCGAAAUGCGACAACUUCCAUCAACCAUUCAAUCAGUGAAUCCUUACGGAGAAACUCUCCGGCACAAGCCCUUGCGAUCUUCAAGGAAAAUCUCCAGCUGGGUUAUUUUGGUCGUAAUAUGGACGAAGUUACUCUUUGUCUUGCGCUUAAAGCAUGUCGUGGAGACUUGAAACGCGGCUGCCAAAUCCACGGGUUUUCCACAACUUGUGGGUUUACUUCCUUUGUCUGUGUUUCAAACGCUGUAAUGGGUAUGUACCGUAAAGCCGGUCGCUUUGACAAUGCUUUGUACAUAUUUGAGAAUCUGGUUGACCCUGAUGUUGUUUCUUGGAACACUAUACUCUCUGGGUUUGAUGACAAUCAAAUUGCUCUGAAUUUUGUUGUUAGGAUGAAAUCUGCUGGAGUAGUUUUUGACGCAUUCACUUAUUCCACCGCUCUUAGCUUCUGUGUGGGCUCUGAAGGAUUUCGUUUAGGAUUGCAGUUGCAAUCUACUGUGGUGAAAUCCGGACUGGAGUCUGAUCUUGUCGUUGGAAAUUCGUUCAUUACAAUGUAUUCGCGGUCUGGAAGUUUCAGAGGAGCUCGGAGAGUUUUUGAUGAAAUGCCGUUUAAGGAUAUGAUCUCAUGGAACUCUUUAUUGUCAGGACUUUCACAAGAAGGCACUUUUGGGUUUGAAGCGGUGCUUAUCUUUAGGGACAUGAUGCGAGAAGGUGUGGAGCUUGAUCACGUGUCUUUUACUAGCGUGAUUACGACUUGUUGUCACGAAACAGACUUGAAGCUGGCCAGGCAAAUCCAUGGUUUGUGCAUAAAAAGAGGUUAUGAAUCACUUUUAGAAGUUGGUAAUAUUUUGAUGUCAAGGUACUCGAAGUGCGGGGUUUUAGAAGCUGUGAAAUCAGUGUUUUACCAAAUGAGCGAGCGGAAUGUUGUCUCUUGGACAACAAUGAUUUCCUCGAAUAGAGAUGAUGCUGUGUCCAUCUUUCUUAAUAUGCGGUUAGAUGGAGUUUACCCAAACGAGGUCACAUUUGUCGGAUUACUCAACGCUGUGAAGUGCAAUGAGCAAAUCAAAGAAGGGCUUAAAAUUCAUGGGUUAUGCAUCAAGACCGGUUUUGUUUCAGAACCAUCUGUAGGCAACAGUUUCAUCACAAUGUAUGCCAAGUUUGAGGCUCUGGAAGAUGCCAAGAAGGCAUUUGAUGAUAUAACUUUCCGGGAGAUUAUUUCCUGGAAUGCUAUGAUAUCUGGAUUUGCACAAAAUGGAUUCUCACAUGAAGCUCUAAAGAUGUUCUUAUCAGCAACAGCAGAAACAAUGCCAAAUGAAUACACUUUCGGAAGUGUCUUGAAUGCAAUAGCUUUUGCAGAGGAUAUAUCUGUAAAGCACGGUCAGCGUUGCCAUGCUCAUUUACUGAAAUUGGGUUUGAAUAGUUGUCCUGUUGUUUCAAGCGCGCUUCUUGAUAUGUACGCCAAGCGUGGGAACAUUAAUGAAUCUGAGAAAGUCUUUAACGAGAUGUCUCAAAGGAACCAAUUUGUUUGGACAUCGAUAAUAUCAGCCUAUUCAAGCCACGGUGAUUUCAAUUCCGUGAUGAACUUGUUCCACGAGAUGAUUAAAGAAAACGUAGCACCAGACCUAGUCACUUUUCUCUCUGUGUUAACAGCUUGUAAUAGAAAAGGUAUGGUAGACAAAGGGCAUGAGAUUUUGAACAUGAUGAUCGAAGACUACAAUCUUGAGCCGUCUCAUGAGCAUUACUCAUGUAUGGUUGAUAUGCUUGGCCGAGCUGGGAGAUUAAAAGAAGCAGAAGAGCUUAUGAGUGAAGUUCCUGGAGGACCAGGAGAGUCGAUGCUGCAGAGCAUGCUCGGGUCUUGUAGACUGCACGGGAAUGUGAAAAUGGGAGCAAAAGUGGCUGAGCUUGCAAUGGAGAUGAAACCGGAAUUGUCAGGAUCUUACGUUCAGAUGUAUAACAUCUAUGCAGAGAAAGAACAGUGGGAUAAAGCUGCAGAGAUUAGGAAAGCAAUGAGGAAGAAAAAUGUAAGUAAAGAAGCUGGAUUCAGUUGGAUCGAUGUUGGUGACACUGAAGGGUCUUUAACGAUGCAAGGUUUCUCUUCAGGGGAUAAGUCGCAUCCGAAAUCUGAUGAGAUUUAUAGGAUGGUGGAAAUUGUUGGAUUGGAGAUGAAUUUGGAGGGGAAGGUUGCAGUUUAGGGCUUUUAAGUUCUAAAACUAAAAAGUUGUUGUAAUAGAUCAAAUUAGAAAUGUUAGCUAUAGAUUUACAUGAACUCACUGAGUGUAUGAUUAUUGAUUACUUGAUUUUUGCACCUACCUACAUACGUGCACAUUGGUUAUGUAAGGACCAUAGUAAACCGGUAAAGCAUGGUUCUCUGA